UGUGUGUGUGUGUGUGUGUGUGUCUCCCCCAUUUCUGGUUUAAGCCUAAUGCCUGAAGCCCAAGAGUCUGGAUCAGCCCACUGGUCGUGCUGCUCCAUUGCUUGGCGGCAGGAAAGAAGACUAUUAUUCUACCCGUGGAUCCGCUUCUUCUGUGGCUUUUUUGUACCUUGGCCUUCCUCUUUCUGCAUCUCCCUUUCCUACCGUUUUCAACCUCGUGCCUGUCUAGCAACCCAUAGGAUAUAGGAGCGGGAAAACGGCCAGCCAAACAGGAUCACGAUCAUAUCAUCCAGAAGUAUUCCGCUAUUACCAAGCAUUUUACCUGCAACAUUACGGAGUACAUCCUAGACGUAUACCUCCUUAUACUACCAUUUCACCGGGACAACAAGGCCCAAGCUACGUUGCGUCUCACCAUCACCAUCGGUGUUUAGAUCAAACGAUCAUCUCAUGCGGAUCUCUUCGUUCGACGGAUUAUAAGCUUGGGUGGUCCUCGGCCGGCUAUGAGAGGACGAGCUUGAUGACGCCCGGAUAUCGACGCCUUUUUGAUCUUCGGUUUUGGGGAAUCUAUUUAAUUCGCCUUUUAUAUUGAUUGAUUCUUCCUUUUUUCUGAUUGGAUUCUUGCCGUGCCCGUUUUUUUUCCCUUUUCUUUUCUCCUACACCGCUGCGAGUUCCUUUACUGCUGACCUCUUGCAUCCUUCCCUGCCUCCUCCCUGUUGCCCCUCUUGGUCAUACCCUUUUGGUUCCCCUGCCUUUUUUGCCCUUCGAUUCCUAACGUAUCCCUCCUAUCUUGACUUCUACCUCCUACACAUACUCCCUUCAUUCACUUAUCCUACUUGCCCCAAUCCCCAUUCCCCUCAUCCCCAUCUGACCAUCCCUGCCCAGUUCGUGUCUAGGACUAUACCCCGGGAUCCCCUUUACCAGAUAUGCGACUUUCAACGGUCCACAGCAGAGCCAGUGGUCCCCUAUAGUUGAAGAAGAAUCCCCGUUGGAUUAGUGUCUUCCAAGAAAAGAUUAACUCAUCUUUUCUUGUCGCCUCCGUGGGCCUAUUCUCAUUUGCCGCCUCACACUCCGAUGCAACCACUCGUGCUUCAUCCUCCGAGCCUUGCUACCGCCCAGUUCGGACAGCCCCGGUUCAGCUCCGGCCCAGAGCGGCUUCCGUUGAAUCGAUCUUGGUCUUCCAAUGCUCGAGGGUAUAGCCCCCGGGCUCCUCUUUCCCGUCAAUCUAUGUCUGGCUCGCCGCCGGCCGACGAGCCCCCAGUGACAGCCGGAAACCCUAAGCCUCGCCUAGGAUAUUCAUCGACUUCCCACCCAGCAAUAACUAGCGCCACCGAAGGUGUGCCCAUUUCUAGCCCCCAUAUUCUAGGAUCGACAAUAUCACAGCCUUUGUCGACUGUCGGUGAACCUCUCCCGGCGCAUAUAGCGCCGCCACGAUAUGGAGAAAUCAGCGGACCACCACCGCCAGCAUUCGGAGUCGGCCCACCACAAACAUUACCGGGAGGUCCACCCUAUCCUCUUUCAGCGCUGGAAUCGUCGAUAGCUGGACCAGCCGGAAGAUCACUUGUACAAAAGUCAACUCGGCGCACAAAGGCUCACGUAGCUUCAGCCUGUGUGAACUGCAAGAAGAAGCACCUUGGAUGCGAUCCUGCACGCCCAUGUCGAAGAUGUGUCCUCGCUGGCAAGGCCUCUUCGUGUGUGGACGUCACGCACAAGAAACGAGGGCGUCCGCCAUUGAAAGCCGAGGACUCUUCUCUUCGCUCCUACUCCAAUGCUCAUGUUGAUAAUCCGGCAAUGACUGCUGAAGUCCAGUCAUCGACAGCUUCGCAACGAACAGUGAUGCAUCGAGCAACCUCAUCCCGUGAACUGAGGCCGAUGACGGACCUUCAGGGAAUAGGUGAGCCCCGGCCAGCGAGCGCUGCAGCAAUGCGAAUGCCACGCAGUCAACCACACCGAUGGUCUGCAUCCGUGUUCCCUCUGACGCGACCUAUGGAACAAUCUCCUCCGAUGCCAGGUGUCGUGGGACGGAGACCGUUUUCUUCAUCAGGACCACCGGUCUAUGCACCUCCAGCGCCCCCAGCGCCCCCGCCCCCGACAUUUGUACCCGUCACAGUUGGAUUUAAUCCGAUUCUUAAACCUGGAACGAUGCCCCCAGGAAUGGAGAGAAGAUACCCCUCAUACGCGGGCGCGGCGUUGCCACCUCCGACAUCUCCUCCCCAGCAUCAUUCACCAGGGGUACACUAUUUGCCCUACAGCGAGGCUCCGCCUGGCACUCUGCACCAGCCGUUGAGUGACCCUCGAAUGCCCCAUGGCCCUCGCGAACCGUAUCUCGAGUCGCCAGUCCGACUGCCACCUAUACAUCAAGCCACUGCUAGUUCCCGGCCUCAUCAGCCGCAUCACGCUCAUCGUUUGAGCGAUCCGUACCCGGCAACCUGGAGCUCGCCCGGACGGGAAGACAUCUCCAGAGAGCCGAGAUCGCCGGCACCAUUGCCCCGGCCCAUAAGCUCGGCGUUCUCCCACUCAUCAUCCCAUCAGCGCUCAUCUUCCAUGACCGGUCCUCUCGAUCCAGUGCCUCGACAUCUAGGUCCCAUCGAACUACCCUCGCCGGUGCCUCUCAGUUACACUUUACCGGCCACUACGCAAACGACUACCACUCCCGCUACUGAAGGCGAAAAUGCAGAGCCCAGACCCAUCAAACGUCGUAAGAUGGCCCUGGACGAUAUGGUCAACGGUUGAUAUGUGGACCAUCCAGUCGCCAAAGCGUAUUCUCGUUAUCAUCGCCUGCACUAUGCUAUCUUAUAUUGUAUAAUCUACCGUCCUGUAGCCGGGUCUACGGGAAGUGAUUGAUAUACCCAUUUCUUUUUUCUUGAUUCCCAUCACGGCGCAUUGUUUGAUUUCGGUGCAAGCAGCAGAAAGAAUGUGUAUCGAUCUAUUUCUGCCUCAUCUUUACUCUCAAUUUUGAUAUUUUUGCAACCAGAACGCGCCCAUUAUUUUGAUAUCACGGCUUAUUGCACGGUUGCAGACCGCAGACUGUAUACAUCUCCAGUCGUCCACCGGUUGUUUGGAACUUACUUGCGGUGUUUCGUGAUUGUUGAUUCUCAUCUCGGUGCCUCAGGACUGGAUCCGACCGGGCUCUUUACAGCAGGAUCUGUUCCACCGAGUUUUAUUUUCCUAUGUUUGUUGGCUACCUCAUCUUUUACUAUUUCUUUCUCGCGAUUACCCCUUCUGUUAUGGUGUUUUUCUCAAGACAUGGCAUGGCGUUUCGCGGAGUGGAGAAGGUAGCGAUCUAGCAUCGCUCUUUCUCUAUUUUCUUUUUUCCUUCAUAUCAUUCAUUUCAUUAGAUUUGUCUAGCAUGCAUUCACGUUGCGAUGUUUGGAUCAGCAUGCUGGAUUCGUUCAGAGUUCUUGGUGGGAGAUUUGUACAUCAGUGUACAGCUUUUGUUCGCAAAAAUUUCGAGGAUAACUCUCCUAGAAUAGACGCUUAAUCUACUUUUAAUCCUUGAUUGGACAAAACC